AUGUUCAGAACUGAGAAAAGCAAAUUUGCCUUCAGCCCAGGCCAGCUUUCUAAGUUGCUCAAUCCCAAGAGCCUCAACGCCUUUUAUGCCCUUGGGAGAAUUGAUGGUAUAGAGAAGGGACUGCAUACAGAUCGCAAUGCUGGCCUCAGCGCCGAUGAGUCCACAGUGGCUGGAGAGGUCGCAUUCCACGAAGUUGCGCCAAAAGGAACACCAAAACACGGGAUGGCUGGUGAUGUAAUACCAGAGAGUAAUGCUGAAGCAGCAAUCUUCAGAGACAAUCGCCUUCCUGAUAAGAAGACAAAAUCCCUCUUGGAGAUUGCCUGGACUACCUAUAACGACAAAGUUCUCAUUCUCUUGACCAUUGCGGCGAUUAUAUCACUAGCUCUAGGCCUUUGCCAAACCUUUGGAGGCGAGCAUAAAAAAGGGGAGCCCAGAGUCGAGUGGGUUGAAGGUGUCGCAAUUAUUGUUGCUAUCGUUAUUGUUGUGCUGAGAACCAAUGAUCGUAUGGUCAAUGUUAUUCGUUCAGGGAAGUCCCAAGAGAUAUCCAUCAACGACGUCAUGGUCGAGGAUGUCAUGCAUCUUGCCACGGGGGAUAUCGUACCAGUAGAUGGCAUCUUUAUUCAAGGCAGCGCCGUCAAGUGUGACGAAUCUUCAGCUACUGGAGAGUCGGAUCUGCUCCGAAAGACACCGGCAGCAGAUGUGUUCGAUGUCAUCCAGAAACUCGGCACCAAGGAGGCAGAGAAGCUCGAUCCUUUCAUCAUCUCGGGAAGCAAGGUCAAUGAGGGCAAUGGGACAUUUUUUGUGACUGCUGUGGGUGUGAAUUCCAGCUAUGGCCGAAUAUCAAUGGCCCUCCGCACCGAACAGGAAGACACACCUCUACAGAAGAAGCUCAACAUCUUGGCCGAUUAG